AUGAAGUUUGCUGGUAGGUGUUUGACUUUAACAUCGUUACUGGUACUGAUACUCCAAAAUUGGCAGGUUUAUGGCGCAGGCGUUAACGUACAUUUAAUAUACCUGGCUCGAGUCACAUCCGAAUUAGAUAGAAAGUAUGAGCCAUGGUUGAAGGCUGGUGCAUUUUUCCCAGAUGCCUUUUAUUCAUGUAAACCAAGUAAGCAAUGGCACGAUUUUGCAGAAUCUACCCACUGGCCUCAGUUCCUAGUCAAUGCUGUUAAACUUUGGCAUGGCAAAUACAACGACAAUCCACAAUGUGAGGACUCUAUGAAACUGAGAAGCUUUUUAAUCGGCAUAUUUACGCAUCAAAUUGUUGAUUCUUCAUGGCAUUCGCUUGUUAAUGGUUACAGAUCUGAAGGAUUACUUGAGGUAUUGGCACAGACUGAAUUUAGUGGGAGGACCCAAGAAGCUCACGAUUUCUUAGAUCUCAUGGGUGAUUUUAUUGGACUGGGUAAUAUUAUCAGGGAUAUAAACGAUAACAAUUGGCAGUUUCUUACGAGAACUAAAUGGUACUUGCCCAAGGAAGAAGAUAUGCUGGAUUUGGUCAAAUGUGCGGGAGCUGAAAGUAUUGAGGUGGAUUACGAACAGUUACAAGACUGUGUUCAAAGAGGAUUUGUGGCAUCGGUUGGUGAAGUUUUGACCGUUAUAGAAAACAGAGACCAGGUCUUGAACUCUGCCUAUCAGAUGUCUCCAAGGGCACGAGAUAUGAUCCAGGAGCAUUGGCUUGGUGGUGAAUUUAACCUCGUUUCAUUGAUGCAAAAUUGCUUACCAAAUUUAUAUAGACUAAUGAACCAUAUUGAUGAGGAAAAUGCAUUGGGAGAACUGCAACUAUGUGGGAACUUACCGCCGGCAUAUGAGAUCGGAACCACAUCCACUACAGGAGUGAUUACCAUGGAAAGACGUAAGAACUUGAUUCAAAUCACGACGAAUCACCACUUGUCGAAUCUGGGUACAAGUUUAGCACUGGGCAGAUUUAAGAAUGAUCAUAAACUAUACUUGGCAAUGGGAGCACCUUUGGAGAAUGGACGUGGAUCUGUGUAUUUGAUUAGGUGGGAUGAAGUUACGAUGAACCUAGAGAGUGAUGUUGAAAUGUAUUCUAAUCCUACGACCGUCAUGAUAGGCGCUAAGAUCCAUCUAUAUCAACUCGAGGACAUCGAUUUUCUGAUUAUUUCAGAACCAAGUUCAAACAAUAUCUACUUUUACCACGAUGACGUUUUGGUAUUAAGAGUGAAUUUACCACCUGAAACCAGAGCUAAUCAACUAAAAGUGACCGAGGUUUACGAUAUCGAUAGUGACGGAAUCCCAGACCUGAUCUUAUCUGGAUGGUGUUAUGGAAAGGAUCAAGAAGGUUGUAUUGUAAUAAUCCCUGGUAGAAUUAUCGUUCCAAAUUUAGAGAGAGGAAAGGCCGCAAAUGAUGUGUCCACUUUAACCGCUUACCCAAUAACUGUUCUAGAAGGAGGUUGGUGGUCUCAAGCAUACCAACAUUUUGGCUCAGCAGUAGAACUAUCUGACUCAAAAUUCCUUUACGUUGCUUGCCAAAGCUUAGGUGUUGUACUUGUAUACUCCUUAGCUGAACUGAAUUCAAGAUCAUUACCAAAAUUUAUACUGAAGGGCAACGAGGUGAAAUUGGCAAAUAAAAGACAUCUUUGCCGGCUCAAAGUUGUCUCCUCACAAGAACAUGGAAUGUUUGGUGGGGUCAUUAUCUCAUGGACCUAUCAAGGUAAACAUUUUGUGGGGAUAUCUCAGCAUACGUUUAGCACAAUCUUCAUAUAUCAAGAAGUCCAUGGGUUCAUAAGGUUGUAUUUGAAAGUGAAGUUGCCCGUUGAACUAUAUUCCAUACCAUACAGCAUUGGAUUCGGAACUGAUAUGAAGUAUAGCAUGGAUGAAGAGGCAUUAUAUAUCUCUUCUCCAGGUUAUUUCGAAGGAUUAGGCGCUAUUUGGAAGGUACCCAUGGUGCAAAUUGUAAAGACUGCUGAAUUUUUGGGACAGCGCUUUUUCCUUGUAGAUCCCAGAAAACAUUUGGUGGUUAGUGGCAUUGAUAUCAAUCAAAAGGGUUUGGGAAACUAUGGGAAAAAUAUUUUACUGGGACCUCAAGGUAAAUUAAUCAUUGGAGUACCUCAGUACAAUUACGGAGUUUUAGAGGGAAAUAAUCAAUUAACUGGUAUGGUUUUAGUUUCAUGA